GUCCUGGUUCACACGACGCGUUUUCCUGCUACCUAGAUGUCGUGCUGCUAAACGUACGAGUGUCCUCAACUGUGUUUACUAAUACAAUCUUUAACAACAACCAACAAAAAUGUAUGGUUUUGUAAAUUAUGCUUUGGAGUUGUUGGUUUUGAAAACUUUCGGGCCGGAAACGUGGGAAACAAUAAAAAAAAAGGCCGAUGUUCAGAUGGAAGGUCAGUUUUUGGUGAGACAAAUCUAUGAUGAUGAGAUAACGUACAAUUUGAUUUUUGCUGCAGUCGAUAUUUUAAAAAUACCGGCAAAUGAUAUUUUGGAGCUCUUUGGAAAAAUGUUCUUUGAGUUUUGCCAAGAUUCUGGAUACGAUAAGAUCCUGCAAGUUUUGGGAGCUACACCAAGGGAUUUUCUUCAGAACCUUGAUGCGCUCCAUGACCACUUGGGGACGCUGUACCCAGGAAUGCGAGCUCCGUCUUUCCGAUGCACCGAGAGGCCGGAAGAUGGCGCUCUAAUACUGCAUUAUUAUUCUGACAGGCCCGGACUGGAAUACAUUGUUAUCGGAAUCGUCAAAACUGUUGCCAGCAAAUUGCACAAUACGGAAGUGGACGUUCAAAUUAUCAGGACCAAAGAAGAUUGCGACCAUAUUCAGUUUUUGAUCACCGAAACCAAUGCACCAGAAAAGAUACAUCUCCCAGACAUUGAUGAAAUUGAAACCUUGUCUUUAGAACCGAAAGUAUCACCGGCAACUUUUUGCAGAAUAUUCCCAUUUCAUAUCAUGUUCGAUAGAGAAAUGAAGAUCGUACAAACUGGUUCCACUUUGAGAAGGGUUUUUCCUAUUGUUAAAUCGCCGAAUUGUAAGAUCACGGAUAUUUUGGAUGCGAUCCGUCCGCAUUUGGAGUUGACGUUCGAGAACAUCUUGUCCCACAUCAAUACGAUCUACGUACUUAGAACGAGAUCUGGUGUCAUGAAAGUCAGCGCGUCUGAAGAGUAUCGCUUCUUGAGAUUGAAAGGGCAAAUGCUGUACGUUCCGGAAACCGAUCUGGUAAUCUUCCUCUGUUAUCCGAGUGUGAUGAAUCUCGACGAUCUCACAAGACGUGGAUUCUACAUAAGUGACAUUCCGCUUCACGAUGCCACCAGAGAUUUGGUCCUGAUGUCCGAACAGUUCGAAGCCGACUAUAAGCUCACCAGGAAUCUAGAAAUCCUGACGGAUAAAUUGCAGCAAACCUACCGUGAAUUGGAGACGGAAAAGAAGAAGACUGACGGAUUGUUGUAUUCGGUUUUGCCAUUAACUGUGGCCAGUGAAUUAAGGCACAAUCGUCCGGUUCCACCGAAAAAAUUCGACUUUGUGACCUUAUUGUUCUCUGGAAUCGUUGGAUUCUCCGAAUAUUGCGCAGCUCAUACUGACUCAAAUGGAGCGAUGAAGAUUGUCAAGAUGUUGAACGAGCUGUACACCAAGUUUGACACUUUGACCGACUACUCUGUUAAUCCAGAUAUUUAUAAAGUGGAGACGGUGGGUGAUAAGUAUAUGGCUGUGAGUGGAAUUCCGGAACCUUGUGUGGCUCAUGCAAAGAACAUUGCUCGUCUGGCUUUAGACAUGAUGGAUCUGGGAAAGACUAUUAUAGUUGAUGGAGACCCAGUGAGGAUUACAAUCGGCAUUCAUUCGGGAGAAGUGGUAACUGGAGUAAUCGGACAAAGAAUGCCUCGUUAUUGUCUUUAUGGAAACACUGUUAAUCUAACAAGUCGAACAGAAACAACAGGACAACCUGGAAAGAUCAACGUUUCAGGAGAUGCUUACAAGGUUUUGAUGCAGGAAGACAACAAGGAUCCUAAUUUUGCUUUCGAAUAUAGAGGACCCAUAACCAUGAAAGGAAAAUCUGAACCAAUGGAUGUUUGGUUUUUGACCAGGGCUAAUCAUAAUUAAUAAAUAUUUAAUUCAAUAGGAUAUAUAUUGUGUUACCAAAAAAAGUGUAUAUUAGAGAUUCUAUUAUUCGAUGUUCUAAUUUAAAUAUAUAUUUAUGUAUUACUUCAUUCCAAUAUAUAUGCUAUUUGUUCAA